GGGCGGAGCGUGUGGGCUCUGAGGCGAAAGCUGAAAGGACACCCAGCGGUCCUCUCGCUGUGACCUGGAAGCGCCCUCAGCCACGUCCCGGCCCGAUCCCUGAAUGCUCGCCCGAGACUGACGCGGGACUCGCCGCGCCUAGCACGGUGUCGGCCACGCCUUUAACCCUUAGUAAACACUGACAACCUCACUGUGCCUCCUUGCAGCCUUAGUUCUGCUGGUACUUGGAUUCUGCCACACGCUUUGCCAGGCAAAACGGUCUCCUAAUCGGGACGGGUGCCAGUGCUUGCUUCUACCCACAGAGCUUUGCAGUUUUCAGUAGGAACACAUCACUGGCUUUCAACUGUGAACCCAGUUAUCUGAAAGGAAGCUUGUGUGAAGGAGCCCCCCUCACUUUGGGAUAAUGUCUGAUUUGUUAGAGCAGCCUGUUUUUCAAACUGAAGGCAUAGCUUGGAAAUUUAGCAUGGAAUGGAAAAGAUCCGUUCAUAUAACCAGGAAACUACAAAUGAUCUUUAUUCUGUGAGCAACAAACAUGGCAAGUUAGCGACUCUAACGCUGUUUCAUCUUCAAACCAGUCUAUUUAACAUCAUCUCUCCUGCUUAUAAGUGCUUAGACUUCAACAAUAUCGCCAGUAAGAGAAUCGAAUCCGUUAAUCCUCUGAUAUGUGCACGAAUAUGGAUGAGCACAGCUGCCAUUCAGCAGUGGCGAACAGAAGGACGGAUAGCUGCCUGGCUACACAUCCCCAUCCUGCAGAGCCACUUCAUCGCCCCUGCUGCUUCCCUGGGCUUUUGCUUCCACCACGCAGAACCCCAUUCCUCAACACUGACUCUGUGGCUGGGAGAAGGACCCAGCAGGCUCCCGGGGUAUGCUACACACCAAGUCGGGGUCGCAGGUGCUGUAUUUGAUGUUAGCACCAGGAAAGUACUGGUUGUACAAGAUCGAAAUAAAUUGAAAAACAUGUGGAAGUUUCCAGGAGGCCUGUCAGAGCCGGGAGAAGAUAUUGCAGACACAGCAGUCCGAGAGGUUUUUGAAGAGACUGGUGUCAAGUCAGAAUUCAGGUCCCUGUUGAGCAUCCGGCAGCAACACAGGAGCCCUGGGGCCUUUGGGAUGUCAGACAUGUACCUGGUCUGUCGCCUGCAACCGCGUUCCUUUACCAUCAACUUCUGCCAGCAGGAAUGCUUGAGGUGUGAAUGGAUCGAUCUGGAAAACCUGGCUCGGACUAAACACACAACCCCCAUCACCAGCAGGGUGGCUAGGCUACUGCUGUACGGACUCAGGGAAGGGUUUGACAAAAUUGACCUCAGCAUGGAGGAACUCCCUGCAGUGUACACAGGCCUAUUCUACAAACUCUAUCACAGGGAGCUGCCGGAGAGUUACAAAGCUGCAAUGGGAGCAGACUGAAUGCCAGAUUUCAGCAUACGUUCACAUACGUUAUGUCCAUGGUGGAAAUUCAUAGAUGUACAUGUUUUUA